GGGCCGACGUUCCUGAGGAGGCGGGGAGAGGACGAUGGAGGCGCGCAGGGUCCGCCGGCCCCGCUCACUGCCCGGGAGCGACCGCGGCCGCCGCCACCGCCAACACCACCGCCACCAGCACCACCACCGUCGGGGUCGACGUGCCGGGCUCUGAAAGGGGCCGAGGGGCCGGGACGCUCCGCCGGGCGGGAGAGCAGGCGGGGGGGGGUGGCCGCGGGAACGGCUGCAAACCCAGGAGGACUCUUCAACGGGAACGCACCGUCGGUGCGCGCUAGUAACGUGAGGGGACAGGAGCCCUGAGGAAUCGAAUUUCUCUCUCACUGAGGUUCCUUCACUUCCAGUAUGGAGAUGAAUCGAGAAAAACUGUGUACCAGCAAGGCUGAUGUGAGCUCAGAUUCUGCUUAUCAUUGCUCAACAUGUCAUGACGAUGAGGAGUGGAGCAGUACUAGCCGGGGACGAGCUAAGUCACGAAGUUUGUCUGCUUCACCGGCCCUAGGAAGCACCAAAGAAUUCCGGAGAACGCGCUCCUUGCAUGGACCAUGCCCAGUGACCACAUUUGGACCAAAGGCCUGUAUGCUGCAAAAUCCUAAAACGAUUAUGCACAUUCAGGAUCCAGCAAGCCAGCGGUUGACAUGGAACAAACCUCCCAAGAGCGUCCUUGUUAUUAAAAAGAUACGUGAUGCCAGUCUGCUGCAGCCUUUUAAAGAGCUUUGUGUGUAUCUUACUGAGGAGAACAAUAUGAUAGUGUAUGUAGAAAAAAAAGUAUUGGAAGACCCUGCUAUAGCUAAUGAUGAUAAUUUUGGACCAGUGAAGAAGAAAUUUUGCACCUUCAGAGAAGAUUAUGAUGAUAUCUCCAAUCAGAUAGACUUUAUCAUAUGCCUGGGAGGAGAUGGGACCUUACUUUAUGCUUCUUCGCUUUUCCAGGGUAGUGUACCUCCAGUUAUGGCUUUUCAUCUGGGAUCCCUUGGAUUUCUUACUCCAUUUAAUUUUGAGAAUUUUCAGUCCCAAGUCACUCAGGUUAUAGAAGGCAAUGCAGCGCUUGUUCUACGAAGCAGGCUGAAGGUGAAAGUAGUAAAAGAGCACAGAGAGAAAAUGACAGUACAAAAUGGUAUAGAAGAAAAUGGAGUAGUGUCUACAAAUAUAGAGAAGGAAGUGGGCAAGCAAAUUAUGCAAUAUCAGGUCCUAAAUGAAGUUGUAGUGGAUCGUGGUCCUUCUUCUUACCUUUCCAAUGUAGAUGUCUUUCUAGACGGACACCUGAUAACAACAGUGCAAGGAGAUGGAGUCAUUGUCUCCACGCCAACUGGUAGCACUGCAUAUGCAGCUGCAGCAGGAGCUUCUAUGAUUCAUCCAAAUGUUCCUGCAAUAAUGAUCACCCCAAUCUGCCCUCACUCAUUGUCUUUCAGACCUAUUGUUGUUCCUGCUGGAGUGGAACUCAAGAUUAUGCUUUCCCCGGAUGCCAGAAAUACAGCAUGGGUUUCAUUUGAUGGAAGGAAGAGGCAGGAAAUAUGCCAUGGAGACAGUAUUAGCAUCACUACCUCUUGCUAUCCCCUUCCUUCGAUCUGUUUCCGAGAUCCUGUGAGCGACUGGUUUGAAAGCUUGGCUGAGUGUUUACACUGGAAUGUUCGGAAGAAGCAAAAUAACUUUGCUGUUGAAGAAGAAGAAUUUUGAGUGUCUACAUCUAACAAGACUCACGGGAAUGGAAAGUGGCAGUAUCCCUUCUAUAUGCUUGGAUUUUUAAGUUUUUGGCUAACAAGUGUGGUCACCAUCUCAGACGUACAUAGUGAUUAUAGUUUAUAUCUGUCUGAUCUGCUGAUGGCUGGAAAUUGUGCUAUUUCUUGUCCACCAAGAGUAGGAAUGGAAGAAAUUAGGCUCUGAUUGUUGUAAUCCGGUGUGAAUUUCCUUCAAAUGAGCAAUCUGAAAAUGGAUUAUUUCUGAUUGGUAUUGACAACCACAUCUGUAGAUUUGGUUGUAACCUAUAACUUACCAAUAACAUGGUAGGCUGAACGUAGAUACGUAAUAGAAAAGUGGCAUUAAAAUACUCCGUUUAAUUUGGUAUAUUUGUAAUUCCAUUUAAGACUGCUGUGCAUAUAAAGGCUCUACAAAAUCUUCUUUAAAAAAAAAAAAAAGCUCCUGUUUAUUAGCUUAAAUCUGUGUUGCCCAGAAGAGCUCCCCAUCAAGACAGCGCUUAAAAUACUUUCUUCUUACUUGCGAAUGUGACACAGUGUGAAGAAACACCCAUGAAGGAUGUUUUUUAUUAAUAGAUGGAACUAGUAAAAAAAAGUUGUGUGUUUUUUUUUUAUAUAUAUACAUAUAUAUGUAUCUUAUGCCCAUUUGAACAGUGUUUGACCCUUGGCUGUCAUCACUGUGUAAACAUCCACAAAUAGCAUGGAUGAGCAUUAGCGUGGACUUGGUUGUUACAGUGAUCUCCAUUUUUGUAGCUGAGCUAGUUCAUAGCUCUGCAGUUCCUGUUGGUGGGAAUCAUCAGUGUGUUGUUUUUUCUUAUUACUUUUGUUUGAUUCUCUGGAAUAAAUGGUACCAUAAGAGACUGUAAAGUGAAAAAGGAAAAAAAAAAAAAUUCUCCAAGUGUUCAAGAAGAAUCUGGACUUCAAUUACUACUAUAUUGUCUAGUUCCACUAUUGUCUUGAAGAAAAGAACAUCCUAUAUGAGGCCCUGAGUGCCCUCAACUUCCAUAGAUACCUUCCAACUCUUGGUGCUGAGUAAUACAGAAAGGGAUACUGCAUUGGUAGGCUGAUAAAUGAGAGGACACAUUCCCAGUAGAGUAGCAAUGGUGCCUUCAGCACACUCAAGAUAUUCUAAGUCUCGUAUUUACUUUUUUAAGAUGCUUUCAAAUGUUUCUAACUUCUCUAUGUACAUAUUUUAUUGUACGUGCUUUUAUGAAAGAAAAAACAAAACAGAAACAAAAUCCAACAGAAAAACUAGUUGGGGAAAAAAGGGUUUGUACUGUACUUUAAAUGAAAAAUAUCAAACCCAAGUAUAAUGUUUACAUUUAUGUUCUCUGUGGUGCAGUCUCAUGAUCAUACUAUCCAAACUUUAGCAUUUUCAGAGUCUUGCUGCAUUGGUCAUUAAAAGAAUGGAUGUUAUCUGUUAAACUUAAGCCUAUGGCAUAAUAUUGUGGAGGAGUUCAUUUACUGAUGAAGGUGGGAUUUCCUUGAAAGUGGAGUGAGAAGCUCUGUUGAACUUUUCAUGAUUGUCUUAUGUUGUUUAUGUGGUCCAAAGUGGUAAUGGGAAGUGUAUUAAUUUCCAAACUCUGCCUAACCUGCUGUCCUCUGAUGGUUUAAAUGAUGUCUCUUCCAUUUUGGAUGCUGCCCUAGUCUGUCUAAUUUUAUUAAAUCCAGGUGAGAGCACUUUUCCCUAAAGGAGAAGCAAACUCUUGAUUAAUGAUACAAAUCACAAUGAAAAUGUGUUAAUAUAAAUUAAUACUCGGUUUGUAAAUUUUGUAAAAUAGAAUAUUGGUUUGAUUUGGUCUAAAUAGACAAAUUUUGUGAUAUCUUGGAGAAUAUCCAGAUAGCUUUUGGAAUUUAUCUUUCACUUGAAUCUGCAGUAAUUGUUUUAUCACUGUUUUGAAGCUGCUUACGGGUUUCCUAGGUGGAGUAUUCAGUUAUUUAAUAACUGUUUACUUUUUGAACUAUAGAAGUGUCGGACUAUUUGCUUUGAAACUAUUUUAUUUAAACAUGCAAUAAUUGAGAAAAGGAACAGGGUAUAGUGGCUAUAUAAAUGUGUUGUUAAGUGGAAAACAAGCAGAAUACUAGGCAUGCUAGGAAUUGGAAAUCAUUUUGUGGAGGUGAGGCGAAAUGAUUAAUGAGCCUUAUCUAGUAUUUUUUUAAAGAUAAAACUAUAUUCAGCACUUUUUAUUUAUGCUUUUUAUAAUAGUAAAGCUAUUAUUGACUAAAUUGCCGAACUUUAAUUUUCAGAGUGCAUAGUUCAUGAAAUCUGUAAUCAAAACUUACCUAACUACUUUCUCUAGAUUAGAUCUAGAUUAGGAGUUGUCUUUAAAUUUAUCAUGUACUGCAAUUGCAUUACUGGCUUUGAGGCUUCUGCAGUUUUGCUUGUGCAAGUAUUCCCCCUAGAUAACAAUCUUAUUUGGAUCACUGCUGCAAUUACUGACUAAAGGAAAGAAAGUCAUAUGAUGACUUUAGUAUUUGCUUUUUCUUCAAAAAGCUGUGUUUAUUAUAAUUGUACUAGCUGCUUUACAUCAAAACACAACCCAAAUUGUGUUAAUACAUUACAAACUUGUCUAACUGUACAAAGUCCCUUUUCAAGGCCUUUAAUCUGCAAACCAGCAAUUCACAAGCAGGCUAGUGAGGUUUAAACAGCGCUCAAGUUUUGCAUAUUUAACUGCUUUAAGUGUGGGUAACUUCUGUUCAAACCACAGCUGAACCAGAAAAAAAGCUAUAAUGCAGACUUGGUUAUAUUGGCAAUAAAAGCUCAUUUUGCUCAUGUAGCUUACUCAAAGUAACUUCUUUAAACCGUACUAGUAAAAUAGGUUUUUGCUGAUGAAGAGCAGUGUUUCUAAUAUAAGGGUUUGUAAAUGUCACUGUACCUACAAAUCCUUUCCAGUCUACAAAGGGCCAAAAUGGAAGCUUGGAAAUUAAUUUUUUUUUAGUUAUUCUCUAGUAGAGAGUUUAAGAAGUUAUUAACAACUGAUGUAGUAUGGAAUAAAGCAGUGUACUGAAUUUCUAAAAGAGGAAAAAUCCUGUUACAUAUUGUUAAUGCUUUGAAAACUUGUUUUAAAUAUUGUUGAAAACAAAUAUUUUUCAAUCCUUUCAAUAAAAUCUUUUUGUAAAGUUGGAUUUGUAAAGCAGCACUUUGACUGUUGAGAAUAUAAAAUUACGUAUACAGAACUACUUGCUUGGAAGGCAAAUGUUCAGUGUGGGUUUUUGAUACAUUGUCUCAUGGGACAGUACCAUCCGUUUUCUGGAAAUAUACCUAAGGCUUUUUUGAAUAUAUAUGUCUGAUACUAGUCUUUUCUCAAAAGUUUCACAAUAAAAGCUGGAUUUGCUGUGCAAGUUGAAACAAAUCUUCUGUACAACUAGUUGGGCUACAUUAACUACUUUUUUUGAAGGCCCAAGAGUAGAAAAAUGAGGAAAGAAAUAGUUAAGGGCAAUAAUCUGAGAUAAUGUCAGAUAAUUUGGAUACCCAGUAAAUUUAGCAUUGAAAAUGUAGUUUAAGUGCCCAUUCUAUCUUUGCCUGUGCACAUUGUGGCCAAGUUCUAGACACUUCUUCCGUGAACCUUGUGGCUAAUGAUCAUGAUGUCUUUUUAUGAUUUCAUAAUUCACCUGUAACCUAUUCCAACAGUUCAUGCAGGUCCAAUGAUUGAUAAAUGUGAGGAAAUGUCUUAUGCAGGUAAUACAGCUGCUUUUAAAUGGAGUUCAUUUGCUUUGCAAGGUACCUUAGAGUUUUCCAUCUUAUGGCUGGCUAGUGACAAACUCUUGCUGUCCAUGGCCAGAAUAAUAACCCACCAUUUCUGUGACAGUGACACUCUAUUGCCUAUGCAUAAAGCAGGGAAGCAGCAUUGCCAAGGACUGGACCCUUAUUUUUACAGAUGAAGCUUUUGAGAUAGUUUAUAUGCAGUUUGUUAGUCCUGUCUUGCCAGAAUGAAGCUUUCUUACUGUUGUCAGUUUAAAUGGCCCAGUUCUAGCACUGAGAGCUGUGAUCACCAUAGUUUGCUGAACCAGCAAAAAGUAUUCUCCACCCCCCCCAGAGUCUUUCCAAGCUGAGGUAUCAAAAAUUUUGGCACAAAAAUUAAUUCAGUUGGGCUGAUUAAAAAAUGGCUGUAUCGAUUUACCCUGGGUUUUUAAGAGUUAGGAGAACUUAAAGUAGCCCAGAUUUGGCCAUAAACCUGUGUGAAGCCUGAAGCCAUCUUUUUCUAGUUUCACCCUGCCCUGCAGCGUGUCUACAUGAUAGUCUGAAAUGGGUGUUGGUACCAACAUGUAGUUUAAUCUAGAUUGUUCACAUAGGCAUCGGGUGGCAGUAUGGAUUACAGCCAUCUUGGGAAAUUAAAAAAAAAAAUCUCAUACUGGAUGUGAAGGUCAACACAGCUCGUACUUGUUGCUGCUGUUCCCUGAAAUAAUAAAUGUUAAUUUAAUCUGGGUCUCCCGUUGUGUGCAGCAGUCGUACCUCUUGAUGACAGUCUCAUGCUCCUUGUGCAACUGUGAGAUGCCUUACUGCAUUGCUAAUUAAUGAAAGGAAUGGUAGAGAAGCAUACAGCGUUUAUAGUGGUAUUAGGAUUUGUUUCAUAAAAACAUGAUUAUGUUCUAAAGACAGUUUGAAUUAGCCAUACCAAUUAAUGACUUAUUACUGUGGGGCACAGGAUUGCAAAGCCUAAAUGCUCUUCCUUACUCUGUCAAUGUCUGUCUUUCUGUGCUGUGUUCUUUUAACUUUUCUGGAAUCCAGAUUAGUAUCAGCUGUUGCACAUGUGCACAGCAGCUUGAAGCUUUUUUUGAGGGAAGUCAUGAGCACAAUGGGGAAAAACAGUUUGGUCUCAUGUAUUGUCCUCAAACAGAAAAGCAGGAAGCUAUACCCAGAGAAAUGGCAUUAAAAUUACCAAUACUUUGUAGUGAUGGGAAAGUAGCAAGUUAAUUCAUUUUUUCAGUAAUGCACAAUGAAAAAUUGUACUCAAAGGUUUCAACAAAGAACAGGUAGAAGAUAAUAAUGCAAAAAUGAAGCAUAUGAGUGGUUUGGACGUUUUCUUCCUGUUGGGUGCACUUAUUUUACUCUAUAUGAAAAAGUAGCCUCUCUACAUGCUGUUUUUGAGAGAUUUCUCAUAUAGCACGGAAAAGAUUGAUCACAGAGGGGAAAAUGUUUGUGUAUUUAUCAGUUGUUAAGAAUUUGUGCAAAUUACCUAAAACUGAAAUCUCCUUUUACAUAUUCUGGGUAAAACUUGCUAAAUGCUGUUGACAGAGGAGGUUCUUGAUGACAUGUAGAGCAGUAGCUUCCAUUUGUUUGGUAUAGUGUGAUUUGUCCCUAUUGUUUUCCUCUUCUAUUGGCGAAUACCAAUAAAAAAUGUGAUGAGUAA